AUGCGACUCUCAUACUUCCUUAUACCUGCACUCUUCGGAGUGAGAUUCACCCAUGGAAGUCCAAAGAUGCCAGAAAUUUGGAGAUCUUCAAGAUUCGAACGUUUACCUGAUGGAUUUGAAAUCGUAUCAAAACAAGUUCUUACAAAUGAAGAAAACAAUUCAUUGUUCAUCGAUAUUGAUUUAGGUGAAUCGACUAUCAAAGAAUUUAAAUCAGUCAGAACCGGUAGAAGAUUUCAAAGUGUGGUUCAAAUGAUGGAAAACUGUUUUCCAGGUUUUGUUGCUCGAAUUCGAAGAGCCUCAAAUCAACUUAAACGGAUUAGAUCGUUAUGGAAUCCACCCAAUACAUUGGUGGUCAGACUACACCACGUAGAAUGA